AAAAUUCAAAUCACCGCAUCAUUCCGAAAUCGAAAUUUAAUUCACCAUAAACACAAAAUAUCCCCCACACGAAUUUUGAUGUGUAAACACAUCCAUAAUCCGCCAUUUUCGAAAAACGAAGAUACACACCAUAGUUUUUUUUUAUAGCAACGAAUAUACCUAACAGCGAGCGCCAGCAGAAGCAGCAGCAGCAGGCCAGCAUAUAAUCAUUCCGUCUUUUUCAUUUCUCCAAGUACAUGUGGUCGGAAAAAUUUUCUCGUCUUUUUAAUUACGCAAAAUAAAGUGAAAAUUCGCGCGAAAAUAUGUUAACCAUCGCGAUAAAUCGUUUACCAAAUAAAUUUCAUUUCAAUUAAAUCGAUUAGAUUGAGUGGAAAAGGUGAAUUUUGCGCUGCGUGUCGUUUCGCAUGUUUCGAUGACGGUGAAUGUCUGAAUCUGAAAUUGCAACACGACGGAAGAAAAAAAAAGAAGCACCACCACCUCCACUCUACAAGAAAAUAAUCGAAUUCUCGUCGUCGUUGCCGUUGAAAGUGAGAAAAAGAAAGCAUCUCCCACUGGCAGACAUAAUUUUCCAUAAUUUCAUUUAACAAAAUUUAAACAAAAGAAAAAAUAACCAAGAAAAAAAGUGCAGUGUUUGCAAACAUUAGACGGACCUAAAAAAAAAAUUCUAAGCAAAGAAGAGAAAAAAAGAAUUAGUAGGUAUUCCCCCGCGAGUGGUUUUUCCCCACACAUAACCGUACAUUACACCUUGUGUAAAAGAGAAAAGAAAAUACGAUAAAAUGCCUGUGUCGGUGGUUUGUGAAUCGUCGACAGCGGCGAAUGUGAAUGCCGCGCUGCGCGACUCCCUCGCCAAUUCGUCAUACGGCGCUUCGUCUGGCGGGGCCAACAGUCACCAUCAUGACGAGAGCUUGCAAAAUAAAUUAGUGGCGUCGGCCAAACGUGUCCUCUUGACCAAAAUCGAAUACGAGGAGGUGAAUAACUACAAUCAUUCGGUCCUUGACACUUUGAAGUCCAAAUACAUCGUACUUAAGCCCUCGCCUACCCCGCAGCAAUUGUCUUCGUCGACGUCGUCGUCUGGAAAUGGCAAUUGCGGGAAAUUAAACUCACCUGCAGCAACAACAACAACGUCGUCGUUGUCGUCAUCAUCAUCGUCGUCUUCGAACCAAACAACAAAUAACAUGAAUGGAAAUGGAAACGAUAAAUCCCAGAGAAACAACACAAGUGAACUGCCGCAACCAAAACGGAUACUCUUCCCACGGGAAAACAUACAAAUCGGUUGGAAAAGUUCCGGUCGAAAUUGGUACAUUGGUUCGGGAAUGUCCAAUGUUGGCAACAGUUGUUAUUUGAAUUCCACUCUGCAAGCGCUCUUCCAUGUACCGUCAAUUGCAAAUUGGCUAACAUCCGAUACAGCUCACAUGGAACGCUGUGAAGAGGAGCUAGGUAUACAAGGUGGCUGCAUCAUAUGUUGCAUGUCGAAAACACUAUUGUCAUCACAGAACCGACAAUCAUGCAUUCGGCCGUAUUUGGUUUAUGGAAAGCUGAAGACAAUUUGUAGACACUUAACUGUGGGACGACAAGAGGAUGCCCAUGAAUUCCUGCGGUAUUUGGUGGAAGCAAUGGAGAAAGCGUAUCUCUUGCGAUUCCGUCACUACAAAGACCUAGAUCAAUUUAGCAAGGAAACAACACCGCCAAAUCAAAUUCUGGGUGGUUAUCUGAAAUCUGCCGUAAGGUGCCUUGCGUGUGGUUAUGUGUCGACGACAUUCCAGCAUUUCGAGGAUCUUCUUUUGGAUAUUCGUAAGGCUGACACAAUCGAUGAAGCUCUCGAGGGUUACUUUUCGAGGGAGCGACUCGAAGACAUGGGUUACAAGUGCGAAUCUUGUAAAAAGAAGGUGUCUGCCACUAAACAGUUCACACUAGAGCGUGCUCCAAUAGCUCUUUGUAUUCAAUUAAAGCGCUUUUCGAUGCUCGGAACCAAAAUCAACAAGCAAAUCACAAUUCGGCCUCGUCUCGAUCUUUCGAGGUUUGCGUCGAAAAAGAACAGCGGCGAACAGCUUACCUACAAACUCGUAGCAAUGGUCACACACCUGGGAGCCUCUCAGAAUUGCGGCCAUUACACUGCCAUUGGGCUAACUGAAUCUGGGACCUAUUACAGCUUCGACGACAGCUAUGUUCGGCCAAUCUCCGUUCAGAGUGUGGUCAACACAAAUGCCUACAUAAUCUUUUAUGAAUUGGAAGCUGGCCAACAGCAUAAUGGACACUCCCCAUCGAACAAUAAGAAUCUUGGUUCACAAAUCAACUCCAACAGCAGCUACGAACAGUCCAAAGAGAACAAUCAGAAGAAUGGCAAUUCCAACUAUAACAACGGAAGCAACGACAGCCGUCAGAAUUUUUACGGUACCUCGACAAACGCUCCAAAAUUAAUCAGCAAAUUAAACACAGAUCAAAAAGUUAUUGGGCCGCAACUACCAGAAUACUACAAGAAUGGCAAUUCCAAUGGUUUCCCUGGCAAUGGCAACAAGCUAGUCAAUACGCCAAGCAAACUAAGCAAUCGACCAAGCUCACUACCCACAAACAGCUCCAAAAUAAUGAUACACUUCAAAAACUCGGCCGCCGCAAUGAAUAAUGGCGCAAGUAAUGCAACUGCCACAACAUCGUCGUCGUCGGUGAGUUCAUCGACAGCUGCAAGCCCUGCAACAAGCUCCACGGACAAGCUGAAGAUACUGCCAAGCGAGAGCGAUGAUGAUGAAGAUGACGACGACGAGAAAGUAACUACAACAAGCAAUGAAGUAAGUUCCACAACGACACUGCCUCACAUGCCUAAACUCGGACUGGGCUCCCCGGUGCAUUUAAAAGAGAAGACGGCUGUCACAUCAACAGCAACUGCGACUGUAAACACCAUCAAGAGUCCCUUGAAGAGUCUUGUUCCCUAUGAAUCCGAAUCUGGCGAUUCCUCAGCCGAUGAGGAUGGCGACACAAAAGCCUCCAUAACGCAAACGGCAAAGAGUCCCAAAAAGAAAAAGAAGAAGACCAACGAAAUAGAUUUGUUGUUCAAAAGAAAGUCCAAUGGAGUCGCCAACUCGUCGUCAUCGCCCAAAAAAAUGAAAACCUCUCUGUCCAAUGAUGUUGAUGCGUCAUCCAGCACACAUCACGACUUCGAAGAUGACGAUUCAAUUGAUUCUUGUGACUUGAAGAAAGCCCAAUCCACACCACCCUCGCCGCCAGUUAUCAAAACAAAGACUGGCCUCUGGCAAGUAACCAAUGUCCGCCCCACUAACUCCACUAGUACCACAGCCGCAACACCCGAGAAAAAGAUCAGAAACCCCUUCGCCGCGGUACGGCCAGCAUCACCAGUCAACCGUCAAUUAGCAGCAACACCCAAACAAUCGAAUUUAUCCCCAACAAAGCCAUCGAAUGGCCAUCAGCAAAAAAGUCCUACCGAACGCAGUGAAGUAGUCAAUGAACUGAUGAAACAAUCACAUCGUGGAUAUGGAGCGCCUGUCCUUAGCUGGAAUGGCAACAAAACCGAACUAGAAAAGGAGAUCACAGAAGAAGCUCGUUUGCAGCGCAAACGCGAAUGGGAGGAAGACGAUGAAAAUGAAAUGGAUCGUGGCCGCCAGAAGAAAGUCAAACAACCAAAACCCCAAACCGGCUCGACACCCGGCUUCAAUCCAUUCCAAGAACAUCAAAGCCAACAGAAUUUCCAUCAGCGCCGUUGGAAACUCGUCAACAAUGCAUCCAAUCAUCGUUACCAAAAUACAUCAUCGCAUGGUAACUUUCGCAAUGGCAACAACAAUCGCAAGAUGAACAACUUCAAACGAUUUGGAAAUAAAUUCCAUCAAAGACCAUCCCAUCAUCAGCGUAGCAAUGGCAAUUAUUUCCAUAGACGAGGUUCUUAACAAUGCUAAAAUAUCAAAGUAGAAAGUAGCCUCAGAAAACAAACAAUUAAUCCAGAAGAGAGAACAUUGCACUCUCUUGGACACAGUUUUUUUUUUAAGAGAUCUUAGUUCAAUUUUUACUCAAAAUUAUUUUUAAUUUUUUUUUCUGUUUUGUAAUUUAUGGCUUGCGUCUGUCCCCAAGCCAACAGCGCUCUGCCGUAUUUUUCUUUAAAAUGGUUGUUAUGCAAACAAGACUGCAUUUUUACAACCAAUGCAAAUAGAUAAAAAUUAGAAUGUUGUUAUCAAACAAACAAAAAAAGGAAAAAAAAGCUGUCCCCGCUCUAAAGCAUUGACAACAAAUUAGAACGAAUUGAUUUUAACUACACUAAGUGUAGACCCACUCUCUGACUCACAACAAGAAAAUUUAAAACAAAAAAAAAACACACCUAUUUCCAUCCACAUUCAUCGUCGUAUUGUAUAUUAUAUUAUAUUAAUCUAAUCCAAUUCAUCAAGCAUGCAUAUAAAAUGGCAAAAACCAACAGGAAACAAAACAAACUAUAUUGAGUUAAAACAAAAAAGAAGAAAAAGCUUACUUAAAACUAAGUUUUUGUGUAUAGAAAAUAAAAUAAAACAAGAUACAAAUAACAAUAAAAAAUCAGACGAUUUUUUAAAUACCUAUUUUCACUGCUAUAUUAUAUGCUUUUUAGGUUAUAAGUCUCUCGUAGCAGUUAGUCUAAUAAUAAACUAUUAUUGUUUUUAUUUUAGUUUUUCUUUUUUUUUAAUAAUAAUAAAACAUACAUAUUAUUAUUAUAAAUAUAUAAUAUAAUGCAAUUUUAGCGUAAGAAUAUUAUUAUUUUAACUAUGAUAAUAAUGAUGAUAUCCUUUGACCUGACCUUUCCUAAACCGACAGACCUUUUUUUAUAAUGGAAAUCUUUAUUUGCCCUUGGCCGAUAUAUAUAUAUAAUUAUGUUGUAUAUCCAUGCAUUUUCUUUUUAUUUAGUUUAUAAGUUGUAGAAAAAUCUGAAAUAAAUGUUUUCUUUUUUUCUUAAAAAAAAAACAUUAAAAUAUAUACAAAAAAAUAUAUAUAUGUAUAAUCGUACGCCGAAAUGUUGUUUUUACUUUUUAUUUAACUAACGAUCUUUUAAUGUUUACACAAAAAAAAACAUAAAUAUAUAUAUACACAAAUAUAUAGCUAUAUGAAUUGUAAGUAAAUUAAAAAAUUUAACAAACAAAAAAUAUGUUUAUUUAUAAUUUUAUGAAUCAAAAACAAAACAAAAAAAAUGCAACAAAAAAAUACACAAUAACAAGAUAUAGAAGAAGAUUAUAAACUAAUUCUAUUAUUAAAUAUUAUAAAAAUGCAGUUUAGUUGUUAAGUUAAUCGUAUAUUUAAAAAACAAAAAAUAUAUGCUACCAAAAUUCCGAGGAGAAAAAACUUUCACAAGAUGGAAGAAAAAUCUUGAAAGGCUCCUCUGGUGUAGCAAAAUGAAAUCAUCAAAAAAAAAAGAAACAAAUAAUAGACAACAGCAAACAACAAAUAAUAUUGAAAUAAUAAAAUAUGUAUAUUUUGAAAGGACAUCA